AUGAAAACACGGCUUGAAGUGGGAAACGUGAAGAAGAAGAAAGAUGCCGCGACUUUUUCCAAUACUCAACCAUUUGGUGCAAUAUCCCAUGCGCCUAUUCUCAUCCUUUCCAACUUCCGAAAUCAAUUUUCAACAACUUCCAAUGAUUCCUUCCAUCCGUUGCCCCUUUGGUUUCUUAUACUUCCUCUAUAUCAAUUGUACCAGCAACAGAAUAUUUCAUCUUGCAUUGUCCUCCUUAAAACAAACAAAUUAAGAAAAGGAUUAGGGUUUGGAGUAUUUUACGUUCUCUUCUUCAGACUUCCUUCUCUCUCUCAAAAAAGCUCUCGGCGGCCGACUUUCAUCGUCUUUCUCCGGCUAGCUCUUUUCGUCCCUUCUCCGAUUUGGUUCACUGAUGAUGAACACCGCCGCGCCCCGCCCUCUUUUGAUUUCUUCUUCUCACCGUCGAACGACGACCGCCUCUUCAAAACGGAAAAUGAUGAACAAAAUUUCAAGGGUUUUUUGUAUGAAUGUAAGUAUGGCGUUUUUUAUGGGGGUUUCUGUUACCAUUCAAAAACUGAACUCGGUAAAGAAUUCUCAAGCAAAAGGAAAUUCUUGGUGUUCUUGAAAAAAAACGUCCCACAACCUCAUAUUAUCCUCUUUUACUCUCAGAGAUCCAUUGGUUCUAACAGAGGUCUUCUCAUAACUGAAGUUAUUGGUAUCUUUGACACUGCUCACGGGAAUCCCAAUACACCAGGUAUAUGAACUAAAAAGCAUGUUAAUGCUUGGAAAUCUAUUGUCGAGGUUAUCAAAAUUUCUUUGCAUACAUGCUUAAUAUAGUUUUUUUUAAUUUUCAUUUAACAUAAAUGAGGAAUUAUAUUGAUUUGAGUGACCUGCAACUAACAAAUUUUAUUAGGAUAAAUAUAUUCGUCAAAAAUGCAAUUGUGAAAAGAAUUGAUGCAAGAAGUUAAUAGCAUAAAUAAUGAUAUGAUGUAUACUUUGACAAUAAGGAGUAUUAGGUAUUAACUUAAGUGAGAAACUUUAUUGAUCAAUUUGUAAAUAUUGAGCAGCUCGAGAUAAACUACAGUUUUCAUUGUAUGAUGAAAUUGCUUCCAAUGAAAAGAAUCCAAGGCCUGGUGUUUAGGCCAAAUCACAAAACAUUUUUGUAGUUGACAUGAAUCGAUGCGUUUGUUACAAAGCAUUAGGAUGAAAUUCAUAUUUUAUGUUUGUCUCAUGUAUUUUAUGUUUCCACUAUUUUAGAUUAGUUUGAUUUCCAUAUUUUGUCGCUAUGAUGAAAACUCAGUUUAUAGAUGGCAUUCAUAGAGUGCUUUGUGAUACUUCGGCAAUCAUGUCAAACCUGAGCGGUAACCUGAGAAAAUUACCCAAACUUUAUUAAUUCUCAUGUAUUUUAUGUUUUCACUUUUUUAGAUUGCUUUGAUUUAUAUAUUUUGUUGCUAUGAUGAAAACUCCAUUUUUUUGUUACUGUGAUUGUUUAUAUUUCAAGUGUUUUAGGUUAUGUUUCAAGGAUAAAAGGUUUGUAUUGUAUUGUAUUUACUUUCCACAAGAUUGUCAUAUGUUUCUGUUAUUGUUUUCUAUUGACUUCUGCUUUCAGGAUGAUAUGAGAACUUAUGACAUGUAAUGUAUAACUAUGAGCAAGAAAGACCUUCAAAGGAAAUAUUGAGUUUCUUGGAGAAUCGAAAAGAGAAUAGAUCAUGGUACAAAAAUAUUGAGUUUCACAUCUGCAACCUCUUCAUGGAAAUACAAUAGAAGAGAAAGACGUGGAGGCACUGAGAUGCAUCACGAGAGUUUGUUCUAUGCUAUGUAAAGAUGCCCCUAAUCACAAGGACAACAGUUUUACUAUUAGGUCAAUUAAUGCCAGUUUUGUUUACUUACUAAGAAAUGUGAAAUAGUACAUUUUUUUAAACAUA